ACAACAAUCUCCGACACAGUGCCAGCGGACAUCCGGCAAAAAGGGAGUGCAUCCCCAAGCCCGGCGAAGAAACAACUAUCAGCCAAACUCAACCGCUCAGCCAACAUCAAACCAUGGUGGAGCCAAUGUUCGACUAUCAAUUCCGCCACAUCCUGAUAGGGGACAGUACGGUCGGGAAGUCCUCCCUGCUGAAAUACUUUACAGAUGGCAAAUUUGCUGAGCUAUCGGAUCCGACGGUAGGGGUGGACUUCUUCGCCCACCUGAUAGAGGUGAACGAUGGGACGCGCAUCAAACUGCAGCUGUGGGACACGGCCGGCCAGGAGCGGUUCCGGUCGAUCACGAAAUCGUACUACCGCAACUCGGUCGGCGUGCUGCUGGUGUACGACAUCACGAACCAUGCCAGCUUCGAGCACAUCCCGCUGUGGAUGAUGGAGGCGAAGCGACACAUCGAACCGCACCGGCCGGUGUUCGCGCUGGUCGGCUGCAAGCUGGACCUGGUCACCAGCGGGGCCCAGCAGCGCGAGGUCAGCGUCGAGGAGGCGCGCACGUUCGCCGAGCAGCACGAGCUCAUCUUCGUCGAGACGUCCGCCCGGUCCGGCAUGAACGUGCGCGAGGCGUUCUCGCUCGUCACGCAGGAGGUCUACAAUCGGAUCAAGAGCGGCGAGUACAAGGUCGAGGACGGCUGGGAUGGCAUCAAGAAAGGGUUCAUGCGUCCGAACAAUCUGGACUUCAACCUGGUGGUUGCCGAAUCGGCCCGAAGUUCCUGCUGCUAAGGACGCAACUCAUCGCAAAACGUGUGAGAGCAUGCUGCGGAAACGCGGUCCCAUCUGUCGACCGGUGCAAAAGGAGGGCAGGUACACCGGGCUUAUCUUCCCUGCCGGCGAAAGGUAGCGAAACGGUCAGACGCUACCCUCUUAGACCUCUUCUUUCAGGCUGUAGAAACAACCCGCGCUUCGGUUUCCCUCGUUUCUAAUCCACUGUCGCUCACUUUUUUUUCUUAUCCCUUCCCUAUUCAAACAUUUCUGCUGUCCAUACUCUUUCUCCGUCACAUCGAGAUGGAAAUGGCAUCGUCGUGGAAGUUCCUUCCACUUCGCCCCAGCCGUGUGUGGCUUACAAUUGUACCAUAUGUUUUUUUAUUUGUAUAAUCUUUAGUUAAGCU